GCCGUAGGGGGAGAGAACGGUUGAAAGAAUUAAUAAUGAGCUAACAAAACGUAGGUUUUGUGGUUAAUGAAUCCAGUCAUCCCUCUCGCUCAAUUUCUUUAUUACAGCAUUUCUUGGCUUUUCUUCUUCUUUCGUCAAUAAUCUCACCAUAACCGACACCUUCCUUUGCUUUUGAUACUCGCCAGCCGCCCCGAAAGUAAUUUCUUUCUGCUUGAAUUUUGCCGCACAAGCCAACCGAGAUCUUGCAUAUCGAGGAAAGGUUGAAAGAUCUGAGAGAACCUACAGAUCUUUGCAAUUCUGGUGAUUUCUCCUUCUAGGUUUUGGCUUAAUCCGUUAUGGGUUGGAGAUAUAAGGUUGGCUUGCUCUUGAUAGGUGCUGUUGUUAUUAUAUGGGUAUCCUCUGCAGAAGUUACCCAGGACAUCUAUACAGACUAUAAGCAGCCUUUUGCAGUGACAUAUCUUGGAGCUUCUCUCAUGGUAGUUUACCUCCCAAUAGCUUUCCUUAAAGAUUGGCUUUGUAAUCUACUAAAAUCUCGAUCUUCUAAAGGAGGUAAAGUUGUACAAAGCAUGACUGAAUCUUCAUCUGAACAUAACUCUCCUUUAAAGCAGAGAGUCAUUGAAAUGGAAGUUCAGGGAACUUUGACCAAAAAAGACAGUGAGCUGGACCUCUCACCUCUUGCAGAGGGAAUGCCAUUGGUUCCCAAACACAGAGAUGAUUCUCAUUCAUUGAAACAUGACAAAGAGCUUACAACCAGACAAAUCGCCACUUAUGGAUUUUAUAUUGCGCCCAUCUGGUUUGCAAAUGAGUAUCUAUCAAAUGCUGCACUCGCACGUACAAGUGUUGCAAGUACAACGGUAUUGUCAUCUACUUCUGGACUUUUUACUCUAUUCAUUGGUGCAAUUCUUGGUCAAGAUUCUCUAAGUGUAGCAAAAGUAGUUGCUGUCUUUGUUAGCAUGGCUGGUGUUGCCAUGACUACUCUUGGAAAAACUUGGGCUGCUGAUGAGUCCCAAUUAGGUGCUUCUGCGGGGAAACACUCUCUCGUCGGAGAUCUUUUUGGCCUUCUAUCAGCCACGUCAUAUGGGCUAUUUACAGUGCUGCUUAAAAAAUUCUGCGGUGAAGAUGGAGAAAGGAUUGAUGUACAAAAAUUGUUUGGAUAUAUUGGAUUGUUUACACUUGUAGCGCUAUGGUGGCUAGUUUGGCCGUUGAUGGCUUUAGGAAUUGAACCCAAGUUCACAAUUCCGCACUCGGUUAAGAUGGAUGAAGUUGUUCUCGCUAAUGGUUUUAUUGGUAGUGUACUUUCGGACUACUUUUGGGCAUUGUGUGUGGUGUGGACAACUCCGCUGGUGGCCACUCUGGGCAUGUCACUAACAAUCCCUCUUGCUAUGGUGGCUGACAUGGUCAUUCACGGACGCCAUUAUUCGGCAAUUUACAUCCUUGGCUCUGCUCAGGUAUUUGCAGGUUUUGUUAUAGCCAAUGUAUCGGAUAAGAUCUCAAAGAAGUUGGGAUUAUAGCAUAUCGCGGAAAUCUUGUUUCUUCAACAAUCUUUAUUUGUUCUCAGGCACCGUUCCAUCCCUGUCAAUGCUAUUGGAUGCCGGAGUUAAAGAGAAUUCCGCAGGUUUUCUGGCAUCUGCUGAGGGAUAAAGGAUGAAUGUAAUGUUGUUGUGCUGUUAUUGAUUCUGCAAAUGAAAUACACACUUUGACAUUUGUCUUCUCUCCAUUGUGUGGUUUGAGAUCGAGCCCUAAGUGUAAUAAAUCAUAGUUGGCCAAUGAAAAAUUAAAGUUUUUUUUUUUGUUGUCUAUU